GGGGGACUGGGGGGGAGGAAGCGCCAAGCUAAAGGAGCCCCAGGAAGCCACCUUCUCAGAACAGCACCAGCUUGUCUGCUAAGCCCAGCAAAUGAGUGCGGCACUCACAACAUGCGGAACCAGUUUGGAGAGGGACCCUCCCACAGCGCCCACCACAGCAGAAAGACAGCGGCAGCCCACGGACAUCAUCUUAGACUGCUUCUUGGUGACAGAAGACAGGCACCGCGGGGCUUUUGCCAGCAGUGGGGACAGGGAGAGGGCCUUGCUUGUGCUGAAGCAGGUACCAGUGCUGGAUGAUGGCUCCCUGGAAGGCAUCACAGAUUUCCAGGGGAGCACUGAGACCAAACAGGAUUCACCUGUUAUCUUUGAGGCCUCAGUGGACUUGGUACAGAUUCCCCAGGCAGAGGCGUUGCUCCAUGCUGACUGCAGCGGGAAGGCAGUGACCUGCGAGAUCUCCAAGUAUUUCCUCCAGGCCAGACAAGAGGCCACUUUUGAGAAAGCACAUUGGUUCAUCAGCAACAUGCAGGUUUCUAGAGGUGGCCCCAGUGUCUCCAUGGUGAUGAAGACUCUAAGAGAUGCUGAAGUUGGAGCUGUCCGGCACCCUACACUGAACCUACCUCUGAGUGCCCAGGGCACAGUGAAGACUCAAGUGGAGUUCCAGGUGACAUCAGAGACCCAAACCCUGAACCACCUGCUGGGGUCCUCUGUCUCCCUGCACUGCAGUUUCUCCAUGGCACCAGGCCUGGACCUCACUGGCGUGGAGUGGCGGCUGCAGCAUAAAGGCAGCGGCCAGCUGGUGUACAGCUGGAAGACAGGGCAGGGGCAGGCCAAGCGCAAGGGCGCUACACUGGAGCCUGAGGAGCUACUCAGGGCUGGAAACGCCUCUCUCACCUUACCCAACCUCACUCUAAAGGAUGAGGGGAACUACAUCUGCCAGAUCUCCACCUCUCUGUAUCAAGCUCAACAGAUCAUGCCACUUAACAUCCUGGCUCCCCCCAAAAUACAACUGCACUUGGCAAACAAGGAUCCUCUGCCUUCCCUCGUCUGCAGCAUUGCCGGCUACUAUCCUCUGGAUGUGGGAGUGACGUGGAUUCGAGAGGAGCUGGGUGGAAUUCCAGCCCAAGUCUCUGGUGCCUCCUUCUCCAGCCUCAGGCAGAGCACGAUGGGAACCUACAGCAUUUCUUCCACGGUGAUGGCUGACCCAGGCCCCACAGGUGCCACUUACACCUGCCAAGUCGCCCACGUCUCCCUGGAGGAGCCCCUUACAACCAGCAUGAGGGUUUUGCCAAAUCCAGAGCAGAGAGGAACCUUGGGAGUCAUCUUUGCCAGCAUCAUCUUCCUUUCUGCGCUGUUGUUGUUUCUGGGACUUCACAGACAGCAAGCUUCUUCAUCAAGGUCCACCAGGCCUAUGAGGCAUUCUGGGUAGCCGCCUGCCUGCCUCCGAAUACAAAGUAAAGUACUCCACAUCCUGGCUACUUAAAGGACCCCGUGUGAGGUGUGGGGCUGAGCUGGGCCUGAAGGUGCCAGCACAUUGGGAGUGCAGUACUGGCCCUGGACUGUACAAGUCUCUGCUUUCUGUGCUAUUGAGAAGAGAGCCCUGGGCUGAUGAAAAGGGACAGGACAAGAGGAUGGCAGAAUUAUCAAAGUGGAAGCUAACACCAUCUAUGUGAGGUAUUAAGAAAUCGGGGGUGGGGGCUGGUGAGAUGGCUCAGUGGGUAAGAGCACCCGACUGCUCUUCCGAAGAUCUGGAGUUCAAAUCCCAGCAACCACAUGGUGGCUCACAACCAUCUGUAACGAGAUCUGACUCCCUCUUCUGGAGUGUCUGAAGACAGCUACAGUGUACUUACAUAUAAUAAAUAAAUAAAUCUAAUAAAAAAGAAAAAAAAAGAAAUCGGGGGUGGGGGGACACACAGGGGAGGGUUACCUAAAAAGGGCUUUCCUUCUCAAAGGAGAAAGGGAAGGAGGAAUGGGGGUGGGUCUUCAUGCAGAGGUACUAGAAGGAGAGAGGGAACUGAUAUUGGAAUGUAAAAUGAGUAAAUGAAAAAAAAGUCAGAUGUAAAAAAAUUCUCUUAGAAAAAGGAUCAAAGUGAGGGAAGCGGGAGAGGCUGUGACCACUCAUGAAUGCCAACACUGUCAAAAUAAAAACAUGCUGUGACUACAGCGCA